GCGGGAUCAUCUGACGAUGCUUUGAAAGGUCACUUGAAUCAGUUUAAUCAUAUUAAAAAUAAUGAUAUGGACAGCAGCUUCAAGGAGCAACUUUUACAAGAUAAUAGAAAAGCUCAAAACAGUCAGUUUAGCAUAGCGGGAUCAUCUGACGAUGCUUUGAAAGGUCAAUUGAAUCAGUUUAAUCAUGUUAAAAAUAAUGAUAUGGACAGCAGCUUCAAGGAGCAACCUGUCCAAGAUAAUAUAAAUGCUCAAAACAACCAAUUUAACAUGGCGGGAUCAUCCGAAGAUAAUUUGAAAGCUCAAAACAGUCAAUUCAACAAGGAGGAACCACUCGAAGAUAAUUUGAAUGGUCAAAUGAAUCAAUUUAACCAUAUUAAAGAUGAUAUGGACAAUACGAAUCAAGCUCUGCAAGAUACUACCAAAGCUCAAAGUCAUCAAUUUAAUCAUUCUAAAGUUAAUGAUAUGGACAAACCCAUAGACGACCAUACAACAGCUCAAACCAGUCAGUUAAACCAUCAUCCACCAACAAAUGAUACUAGUUCUUCCAAUACAGAAGAGUCUAAAGCGCCAUCGAUAAUUAACCAUCAGAUGCUUCACCCAUGGGCAACCCAACAUUCAAGGCACCAUUACCGCGACCAAGACUUCACGGAAAACCAAAAAUAUUUGACAGGGAAAGUGAUGAAGACUCACCAACAACAGAACUGGGAUAAAUGGGGUCAUUACGAUGACGACAUGGAUUUGAUGCGUUCUGACAUGACUUCUUGGAAUGAUCAGGGACUCGAAGCAGGAAGUAAGGAUAUAAGUGGUUCUUAUAACGAUCCUUAUGGGGAUAUGAUGGGUGAUUAUAAGGAACCAUAUGGUAGCAACGGUACGAGUAGGGGAUACGGUGAGUCGUAUGAGGACAAUAAGGAUGGUAAUUAUAUGGAUAAUGAGGGAGUUGACAAGGGUAUGGAUGGUACAUAUGGGGAAACGAAUAAUUAUGACACGGAUAUGACGAGUAUGUAUAAGGGUACAGAUAGCAAAGCCUACCCCAAACAACCAGAAGAUAACAUAGGAUCCAUGGAUACAACUUUGGUAGUACAUUCACAGGAUUCAAGAGGAAAACAAAGGAUAAAUGGCUUGUCUUUUGAAGGUGGUGUGGGGAUGUCAUUGCAGCAGUAUGCAGAUGAAAUAGGACAAGUCCGUGGACUGCAUCAUAUGCCCUCAGAGAAAAAGGAAGACAAUUUAAAGAUAAAAAGAAAGAAAAAGUCAAAACAUUAGCAGAGCAAUUUUAUUUGUACAUGAUAGCUCCAUUAGUGUAAAAGGGAGUAUUAUAAUAGUGCAAUUUUAUAUAGAUGGGAAAAUAUAAAGACGUCAUUUGAUGACUUUGUCUAUGUGACAUGCAACUAUGUACAUUGUCUACAGUAAAUAAGCACUUUUUGAAGUGUCAAUUCCACUCAAAUAUAUGCUUGGCAAACAUUGCUCGAGCUUGUCCCAACGUUGCUCGCACACGUUUGACUCAAAUACAAAUGAAUAAAAGUUUCCUUAAAAACGAGAUUAUUCGUCUUUUUAUCUCAGUGUCAACUCGCUCCACGUCUCCGACGUUUUGUAAAAAAAAUGUUCAUGGUUCAAUAAAAAAGCUAAAAGUAUAUAAAAAGCCGAGAGUAUAUAACGAUACCGUACUUGAUGUAUGUACAGUGUGCUCGGCCCUGAACAGUCGAGUAUCGUUACGUCUUCCGGCUCUUUGUCGACGUAAGAAACGGAUUCAUGUCUCUCUACAUGCUCCAUAUUCUUACUGAACUGUAAAAACUUUCCACAUUAUCGUCCCCAUAUGGUAUAAUCGUCGCAAAACUAUCAGAGGUUUGAGAAUUACUGUAAUACUGCAAUUACCAUACACUUGCAUCUCCAUACCUGGACUACGACGUUAAACAGCAUUGCUAUACUUUGACUGCAACUCAAGCAAUUCGUCUGGAAUAAGAUUCAUGUAUUGUAGAAGACUUAAACACUUCGUCAAAAACCACUCUCUAAAACUCAUGUACCU